AUGGACGAAGGUGAAACUGGACGGCCUAGAGCCAGAUCUGAUGCCCAAGCACCGCAAUCCCCAAGCGGACGGAACCGUACUGCUAGCGAUGCAGACUAUAUCUCGCCGACAAGAGGCGCAUCAGGCGUUGAUGACGGCCAGGAGGGUACCGCCCGUCGACGUAGCUCGGCGGCGUCGAGACGCAGCCGCUUAAGUGGACUACCUAGCUUGGCUCCUCGCACCACUCUCGCUCAGCGGACUCAGGGCAAGUUUACGCUGGCGGGUCCGGACGAGACUCCCCAGUUGCGCUUAGCCCAGGAGCCAUUCGUUCAGCCAGGUUACGCGGAUCUCAACCCGUCAUAUGAACAACCAUCUAACGCCAGACCCGUGUGGUCUUUGGCUAAGCCGCUGCCCCGUGUUGUGCGGUCUGCCAUGGUCCCGACCAAGGAAGAACUACUCCAGAACCUUGCAAAUGCCCAGCGCCCCGUAGAAAACUCGCAACGGUACGGUCUUGAAGUCGACCCUAAUGAUGUUGAGCAGGGUCGUAUUGACAAGACCCAUGACCCGCGUAAGAUGGCUGCUCAGGUCGAGGAUGCUCGUCUGCAGCGUGAGCAAAACUUCAUGAACAAGAUCCUCACUGGUGAUGGCCAGUCCAUGAGACAGACGUCGCGUAUGUCGCGCCGUAUGUCCCGUGCUUCGUCGCAACGCGAUUCCAUGCGUGGAAGACGCCCUGCCCACUUUGAACAACCCGACAACCUGUCGACGGUUGAGGAGGGAGAGUCUCAGGACAACGAUGAACCUGGAGAGCGUCCCGUCUUUGAUGAAAAUGACGAGGAUCUGCCAGAACAAGGCUAUGAAGAAAGGCUUGAAGAACGGUUGGAUGAGCUCAUUCCGGACCUCGAGAAGUCGGAAUACCCCGAGGACCUUCAUCCACUUGUCCAAGAGCUGGUUGAAGAUGAAGUGCACAACAACCACACCACCUGGUCUGUUAUCCGUACCCACCACCGUGAGGCUUUCGCCGAGGCUUUGGCUGUCUUUGUUCAGCUCACCAUGGGCUUCUGUGUCGAUUUGUCCGUCACCUGCGCGAACCAGGGCAACCCCAACACCACCUCCUGGGGCUGGGGUCUGGCUACCAUGAUGGGUAUCUACAUUUCUGGUGGUGUUUCCGGUGCUCACAUGAACCCCAUCGUCACCCUUGUUCUCUGGUUCUACCGUGGUUUCCCCAAGCGCUUGAUGCCCGAGUACUUCGCCGCCCAGUUCUUGGCGGCGUUCUGCGCGGGUCUUUGCGCCUACGGUAUUUACUACGAGUCUAUCACGAACUACCUUCUCCUGAACGCGGAAUCUGGCAUCAUCGACAGCUUCGUCACCAAUCAGCGCGAAGCAUGGAUUGGACCUGCGACGGCCUUUUUCAACGAAUUCAUCGGUACGGCCUUCUUGCUCGUGACCGUCCUGGCGCUUGGUGAUGACCAGAACGCCCCACCCGGUGCUGGUAUGAGUUCGCUGAUCAUUGGGCUGGUCGUCUCCUGUCUGUGUAUGACCUUCGGAUACCAGACCGGUGCUGCGUUCAAUCCUGCUCGUGACUUUGGUCCUCGUCUCGCUCUCCUUGCUGUCGGCUUCCCCAAUAGCAUGUUCCUUAAUGCCUAUUGGUUCUAUGGACCGUGGGCUGGUGCGAUUUGUGGCGGCUUCUUUGGUGCUUUCCUUUAUGACUUGUUCAUCUUUACUGGUGGUGAAUCUCCCGUCAACUACCCCUGGGAGCGUACAGAGCGCGCCAUCAGAAAGGAAGGCAUGAAAUGGAGACGCCGCGUGCACCUCGGUUAG